CCCACCUUUUCCCCUGAAGUUCAGGUGCGCUCCAUGUGAGAGGUUUGAGUUAAAGAUGGCGGCCUUGUGUGUUCGUGCGGUGAGGAGUCUACUCACAAACCCUUCGCUUUCACGGAGGACGCCGAGGCUCCUGUGCACGGCAGCGCAGCAGAAAAGCUCAGGAGGAACAGAAGAAGAAAACGGUGGAGCUCAGAAACCGGAGCAGGGCACGUGUGAGAACGCGUUAUCCGAGGAGAAAGUUCAGCUCGAGGAGCAGCUGAAGGAACUCACGGAUAAAUACAAGCGAGCUCUGGCUGACACGGAGAACCUCAGACAGAGGGGGCAGAAGAUGGUAGACGAUGCUAAACUUUUUGGAAUCCAGGGUUUCUGUAAAGACCUGCUGGAGGUGGCGGACAUCCUGGAGAAGGCGACGCAGAGCGUCCCGAAGGAGGAAGUGAGCUCUCAGAACCCUCACCUGAAGAGCUUGUACGACGGCCUGGUGAUGACGCAGGUGCAGAUCCAGAAGGUUUUCUCUAAGCAUGGCCUGGUGAAGCUCGAUCCCCUCGGCCUCAAGUUUGACCCCUACGAGCAUGAGGCGCUCUUCCAAAUCCCCAUCGAGGGCCAGGAGCCCGGCACCGUCGCCACGGUUACCAAAGUGGGCUACAAGCUGCACGGCCGUACCUUGCGACCUGCGCUGGUGGGCGUGGUCAAAGCUCCGUAGGGAACGGUCCGGUUCGGCCUGAACUCGAGCGAACCGUAUGGACUACGUGACGCGACGUGAAUUUCUGAUUGAGUAUAUAACUGAUUAUAUGGUAACUAUCGAGGAGGACGUUUGCAAGUCACGCACGUUUUAUUGUUUUGGUUCAUUACGUGUAACGUUUACUGUGGGUUUAAUUCGGAUUGUAAACGUACAGCUGAGAACCGAGAAGAGGGGCGGGCCAGCGGAAAGUGUGAAUGCAUUUCUGACCUUGUUGAUGUUUAGAAAUGGAAAAAAAAUGGGUCCAUGAAAUCUGCUGUACUAAUCGAUCACUUUGUAUAUUCAACUAUUUCAA